AUGUUGAGGACAGGAUACGGAGCUGCCGAUUCCCUCCUUCGAGGAGGCGCAAUCUUCCGGAGGGUUGCUAGGGAUACCACGGUUGCUCGGACAUGGGCGCAACACAUAUCCACCAAGAGCGCAGCUACACCACAGCUCCAGUACGCGAGCUUGUCGGCCAGGAUCAGACAGUCACAGAGAGCCGGACAGCCCAAGCAGUUUACCACCUCGUCUAGACGCCCAUUCCAAUCGUCGAGGUCCCGCCGAUCUGAAAAGUCGUCGGAGAGCGAGGGAGCCAAGGAGAAGGCCAAGGGAAAAGCGAAGGAACCAGAGCCGACCGGAUUCAGCGCGAGGAUGAAGAAGCUUUCCAAGGAGUACGGCUGGACUGCCGUUGGAGUCUAUCUCGCCCUUAGCGUGCUAGACUUCCCUUUCUGCUUCUUGCUCGUGCGCACGGUCGGCACUGAGAAGAUUGCCCACUUCGAACAUAUUGUCGUGUCAUGGCUCGAAAAGGUCAUUCCUCAAAGUGUCCAGGACUUCUGGCGCCACUACCGGACGACUCUCAAGGACAACAAGCGGGAACGCACUGGUGAGGAGCCCGAGGAGACUGCGGGUUGGGGUGUUGAGGCCGCCGAGGAGCGGAGCAAGCAAGCUGGAGCUAGUUUGGCCACCCAGCUUGCUCUGGCGUAUGCGAUCCACAAGAGCUUCAUCUUUAUCAGGGUCCCUUUGACAGCUGCUAUCCUCCCCAAGGUCGUCAAGAUUCUGAGGUCUUGGGGUUACCAGAUCGGCACAAAGAAGGUGGCGAAGGCAGUCGUCAAGACGGUCAAGAAGGCUUGA